AAAAUAUUUUCCCAUUAAUAAGAUUGUCCAUUACUUUUGAGUCAGAGGAUAAUAUUUGCACUUGCUUAAAGUUAUUUAUUAAUCAGGAAUUUCAUAUCAGUGAUAUCUACAUCGGGCUGAAUUACAUAACAUUGAUUUAGUUACAGGUCUUCCAACCACAUUUUUCAACUUCUUAAAACUAACCAGCUCCUUUUUAGAACCAAGUUGGAGGAGGGGAAGGUCUUCCUGCCUUUCACAAGAAUUAAAUCAUCAGGUUACCUCUUCUUUGGGCUGUUUUUAUGUUGGCAUACAAAACUGUUGGAUUUUGAGGUCUAGCAGAGAAUUGCAUUUCAUUAUCCCUAUGAAAUUAUAUCUAAAUUUUGAAGUGGUUGUUAAAAAUUGUAAAAAUCAGUGUACAUGUCCUUAAUAACAACUUUUGAAAAAAUGUUUCCCUUUUGCAAAAAGGGCUUACCCUCCAAAGAUUCUGUAUUUCACACCUUUGUCUGGGAUCUGCCAGCUUUGUCCUGGUCAGGCUCUAAAUUUACAGAUGAUGGCUGAGGUGCUCUAGGUCAAGAGAAGAAACCGUUGGCUGGAGUGUAGGAAGUACAACAGCAGAGAGGAAAUGAAGUUAUGUGUGAGGUUAUGACAUCUAGUGAAAGCUGGAGGACCGGUAUUUAGACUAUUUAUGGAAGAGAAGGAAGAAGCUGUAAUUGUGGGAGGCUGGGGAAAGAGCAGUAGUAGACAUGGAUCUGCUGAAGAACUGUCUUUUGGGUGAGAAAACUGGCCAAGGAGACAUUAUGGGGAUUGAGAUCAGACUUGAGCCCAGAGGUGGCAAAGAGGGACUGGAACUGCUUGGGAGAACAAGGGCAGAAAAGACAGGAAAUCCUGAAAGAAUGGGGGGAUAAGGAGAGAAUGAAGAAUUUGAAAUGAAAAUAUGGAAGUUGCAUUUCAUGGAGUCAUCAGAAACAGGGCUAUGUGUUUGAGUGGGUUAAACUGACUGGGAUAAAACAGUUGAAGGAGUGGGAAUUCAGAAAGAAUAAGACAUUAACAGGAAACUGUGACAAGAAAUACUAGUUAGAAGGCAGAGGAGCUGGAAGAGCAUGUGCCUACAAGCAUAGACUAGAAUUCUGAUAAUUUUUCCAACUGACAAGUGCCAGUGAAAUAAAAUUAUAAAACUUACUCUUUUUUCUCCUGCAAAUGUUUUACAGCAGAGGAGGUGGCCAGAUGCUUGUUUUGAAGCAGUUAGGAAUAUUAGUGGUAAAAUCCAUAUGAGGGAGUUUUGCUGAGUUUUUUGUUUCUGUGACUUGGAGAGCUACACAGGUGUAAAAACUUAACAGCAGCAUCUUCAGAAAAUGCCAGAAUGAAUGUUGAUUAAAAAACCUCACUGAGCUCCAUCCUCCAAGAAUCUAAUCUAACUUUUCCUUGCAGGGAUACUUUUUGGAAAAUGCCAAGCCGGAGGUAUGCUGAUGGCGAGGUGGUGAUGGGCCGUUGGCCAGGAAGUGUCCUGUACUAUGAAGUACAAGUGACCAGUUAUGAUGAUGUUGCUCAUCUUUAUACUGUCAAGUACAAAGAUGGAACUGAACUGGCACUGAAAGAAAGUGAUAUAAGGUCUCAGUCAUCAUUCAAGCACAGGAAGAGCCAGUCUUCUUCAAGUUCUCCCUCCAGAAGAAGCGCCAGCAGAUCUCGAUCCAGGUCUCCUGGUCGGCCAGGGAGAGGGAGGCGUCGUUCUACUUCCCAAAGCAGAGAACAUAAAGAUGACAAAAAGAAAACCAUUCAGGAAACCAGCUUAGCUCUACCAGCGAAGCCAAGUGAGAAUAACACCAAAAGGUACAACGGUGAACCUGAAAAUACGGAAAAAAAUGACACAUCCUGCAUAAUCUUGGAGCAAAAGUUAAAACCAGACGUGGAAGUAAAGCAUUUUGAACAGUACAGCCUGCGUUCAAGGAAAGAUGAAAAGAAGAAAGAAGAGAUAUAUUCGGAGAAAAAGAUUUUUACGGCAUUAAAAACAACUGAGAAAGCACCAUCAAAAACAAAGGAGCUGGAGUUUGGGGGAAGAAUUGGGACCUUCAUGCUGAUGUUUCUCCUUCCUGCUACUGUAUUGUACUUGCUGUCGAUGUGUAAACAAGAUGACCCCAGUCUUAUGAACUUCCCUCCUCUCCCAGCACUUGAAAGUCUUUGGGAGACGAGGGUGUUUGGUAUUUUUCUUCUGUGGUUUUUCCUUCAAGCUCUGUUCUACUUGCUGCCAAUUGGAAAGGUUGUAGAAGGCCUGCCUCUUUCAAAUGGAAAGAAACUACAGUACCGGAUAAAUGGGUUUUAUGCUUUUAUUUUCACUGCUGCAGCUAUUGGAAUUUUAUUAUACUUUCAGUUUGAACUUCAUUAUUUGUAUGAUCACUUCAUGCAGUUUGCAGUGUCAGCUGCAGCUUUUUCUUUGGCAUUGAGCAUUUAUCUGUAUGUUCGGUCCCUGAAAGCACCCGAGGAAGAACUAGCACCAAGUGGAAAUUCUGGGUAUUUCAUUUAUGAUUUUUUUACUGGACAUGAAUUAAACCCUCGUAUUGGCAAUUUUGACCUCAAAUACUUCUGUGAAUUGCGUCCAGGAUUAAUUGGCUGGGUUGUUAUAAACUUGGCAAUGCUCUUGGCUGAGAUGAAGAUACACAAUCUAAGUAUGCCAUCCCUGUCAAUGGUACUUGUGAACAGCUUUCAGCUUCUGUAUGUGGUGGAUGCUCUUUGGAACGAGGAAGCCGUUUUGACUACAAUGGAUAUUACCCAUGAUGGAUUUGGAUUCAUGCUGGCAUUUGGAGAUUUGGUGUGGGUUCCAUUUGUCUACAGUCUGCAGGCCUUCUAUUUAGUGGGUCAUCCUACUGUGAUUUCUUGGCCUGUUGCUGCCACAAUUACUGCUGUGAACUGUAUUGGGUAUUACAUAUUCCGUAGUGCAAAUUCUCAGAAAAAUAAUUUCCGAAGGAAUCCCUCAGAUCCCAAAUUGGCCAAUCUGAAAUUUAUACCCACUGCAACUGGAAAAGGGCUUCUUGUCACGGGUUGGUGGGGUUUUGUUCGUCACCCUAAUUAUCUCGGUGAUAUCAUCAUGGCUCUAGCAUGGUCCCUACCCUGUGGUUUUAACCACAUUUUGCCGUAUUUCUACGUGAUAUAUUUCAUCUGCUUGCUUGUUCAUCGAGAAGCUCGUGAUGAACAUCAUUGUAAGCAAAAAUAUGGUUUGGCAUGGGAAAGGUAUUGCCAGCGUGUACCAUACCGCAUAUUUCCUUACAUCUACUAGAGCACUCCAGGUUCCUGGUUGGAAAGUUACUUCUAAAGUUAGUUUCUUUGCAGAUAAAAUAUACCUCUUACCUUUGCACUUGGUCAUUUGUCAUUUAGGCUUUUUAAAAAAAAAAAAAAAAGGCCAAACUCUGGAGUGCAUCAAAGGUAUUUACAAGUAAGCUUAAAUACAUGAGUUAUGUGAACUGACUGGCUGUGACUUCAAUUCUUAAAAUAUUGUGAAUUUUAAAAACUCUUGGAGCCCUAAUUUUUCAAGCUAAAUUUUAUCUAGAAUUCCGAGUUUACAUUUUUUUUUUUUAUUGCGUUUAAUUAAGCACUGUGAUGUAAAGUAUAUUAUUUUCUUAAUACAAUAAAUGCUGAAAUUCCAUCCAGUUCA